AUGACUCAGAACUACGACACAAUCCAGAUAGAUGUCAGAAACCUCUGGAAGGUUUUUGGGAACAAUCCGAGGCUUGUUUUCCAGGAUAAGUACGCGUCGGCGAGCCGUGCGGAAAUCCAGGAGGAGUUGGGUCAGGUGGUGGCGCUGCGAGAUGUGUCAUUCAAAGUGCAGAAGGGGCAGACCUUCGUGAUUAUGGGGCUGUCGGGCAGCGGCAAGUCAACUCUGGUGCGCUGCCUUAUUCGCCUAAUCGAAUCCACGCAGGGGGAAGUGCUGUUCGAUGGGGAGAAUGUACUGACAUUCUCUUCGGAUAAGCUCAUAGAGUUCCGGCGACAGAAGAUAGCGAUGGUGUUUCAGCAUUAUGGGCUUCUGCCGCACCGCCGCGUUCUGGACAAUGUGGCUUAUGGGCUGGAGAUACGGGGCGUGGACAAAGAUGAGCGGCAUCAGCAGGCACUUGAAGCCAUUGAGACGGUCGGAUUGAAGGGCUGGGAGUACUACCUGCCGAGCGAGAUGAGCGGCGGCAUGCAGCAGCGAAUCGGGCUGGCGCGGGCACUGGCGGCGAACUCUGAGGUGCUGCUGAUGGAUGAGCCGUUCAGCGGGCUUGAUCCCCUGAUACGGCGGGAGAUGCAGGACGAGCUGAUUUCCCUACAAGCAUCUAUUCAGAAGACAAUUGUAUUCAUCACGCACGACCUGAACGAGGCGCUGAAGAUAGGAGACCGCAUUGCGAUAAUGCGGGACGGGGAGAUCGUGCAGGAAGGGUCACCUGAGGAGAUAGUAACGCUGCCUGCGGAUGAUUAUGUUACUUCGUUCGUGCAGGAUGUGUCGCGGUCGAAGGUCAUACAGGCGAGAGCUAUCAUGCAGGAGCCCGACGCAGUGGUGAACGACUGGCAGGGGCCGCGCGCUGCGCUACAUGCGAUGCGCAGCGGCGAUACCGAUGUGCUGUUCGUGCUGGGACGCGACAAUGUGCUGAAAGGCGUAUUGACUGAAGAUCAAGCGGGAAAGCUGGCACGGCAGAAGGUCGAAUCGCUGCGGGGGCUGGAACUGGACCAAGUGAUGACAGCAGACCCGGAUUCCUAUAUCGAAGACCUGAUUCCAAUGGCGGCGCAGACUGAGCAUCCAAUAGCGGUAGUGAACGAGGAGGGGCGAUUGCUGGGAGAGGUCCAUAGAGGGGCGCUUCUGACGGGGAUGUCGGACGAAGCGACGGAGGCGUAG